GUCCAGAUUUGGUAACCAAAAAUUGGCAGUCAACGUUGGUCGAUAACUUCACUGUUCGCAGUCUAGCAUUUCUCCCGACCCUUCCCCUCUUUUACGACGAUGGUCAAACUCGCGGAAGUCAUUCUGAAGAAAAAGACCGAGUUUGGUCCUCUCUCCGGUGCGGCUGCCAAAAAUGCCCAACCCAAACCCAAGGCAGAUAAGCCCAGUACGGAGGCCGUGACCAAAUCCAAGGGCAAGCGCAAGGCUUCAACCGUGGAUGCUGAAGAAGCCAUACAAGAGAAGAGUCCUGCAGUGAAGACACGUGCUAGGACCAAGAAAUCAAAAGUUGCGGAGCCUGUAGAGAAGCCGACGAAGAAGAGGAAAAUAGAGAAGCCGGCUGAGGAGGAUGUUGAUAAGAAAGAGAAGACUCCAGCGAAGACUCCGAAGAAAUCAGUCAAGGCCAAAGAGACCUCAAAGAAGAUGGAUGCGAAGCAACCCAUCAAGUCGAUAUCCAGUACCACUAAAGCCGCUCCAAAAGCCAAUUCUUUGUCCAAGAAGACCAAAAAGGCUGCAAAGCGACCGACGCCGACGCCGUCACCGUCACAAUCAGAUGCUGAAGAUGAGCAGCGUGAGGAUGGAGAGGGAGAGGACAAGGAGGAAUUCUUUGGUUUUUCAACUGACGACGAUGGCGAUUCGUCUGAUGAGGACGACAUGGUCGACGAUGCAUCUGCCUUGGACGUUGGUAAACUUCCUACUAUUGCCAAGGACGACGCUGUUGUGAAGAGGAAACUCGAGAAGGCUAAACGGAAGCCGACUGAAGACCGAGGUGUGAUUUAUCUCGGUCGGGUACCUCAUGGUUUCUACGAAGACCAAAUGAAAGCCUACUUCUCUCAGUUCGGCGAGGUGGCUCGUCUGCGUCUCUCCCGUAACAAACGGACCGGAAAAUCCAAACAUUACGCUUUCAUCGAAUUUGACUCUUCCGGCGUUGCCAAAAUCGUUGCAGAGACAAUGGACAACUACCUCCUCAUGGGCCACAUCCUCACUUGCAAAGUCAUACCCAAGGAUGAAGUCCAUCCUGAGCUUUGGAUUGGAGCGAAUAGGAAGUGGAGAGCUGUCCCGACAACGAGGGUUGCCAGAGUAAAGCAUAACAAGUUGAGGACAGAAGAGGAACAGCAAAAAGCUGAAACGAGGUUGAUCAGGCGCCAGGAGGAUAAGAAGCGUAAGUUGGCUGAUGCGGGCAUCGAGUACGAUUUUGAUGCUGUGUCAUAUAAAGUGCAAUCCAAAUCCUCGAAGGCAUAACUCUCUCGAUGAUAUCCCCUUCCGUACACUAUAUAGUGCUAGCACUCUUGGCGGUUUUCUUUUGCUUAUCAUAGAUGGUCGAAUUACUUCCUUUUGCUUUAUCUCGCAUCAGUUAGCAGUUGCAAAGCAUCAAUGGCAGUUAUACAACAAAGGUAGCUUUGCGCAUACGAUCCCUCUGAUAUGGUCUCCACCGUCCACCUUCCGACCAAACCGCAUUACUAUUCUGAUACCCUAACGCAUAGCCCACACUCUUUCCUCCCCAUUCUCCCAUUGGCCGCCAAAACGUCGCUGGUGGUCGUGGAGGUUGAUCUUUGGGCUUCCUCCGUCUUCGUCGCCGUGUGGUUGAGUGUUCCAUUAAUUUGGAAGGUAAGAGGAGUUCAACGAUAGGGUGACGAAGCUUCUCCGGGUUGAGAAUAUGUGGUGAAGGUUUCUCUUUCUGAGGGAUACGAGGGGAUACUAGGUUAUGCUUGGCGUUUUGUUGGGGCCUCUCCAUUACUAUAAUUGGUGAUGUGGGUAUGUCAGAGGAAGGAAGUGUAAUUUGGUGUAGUUUUGGUUCUCGGGGACGCGGCUGUACCGUGAGGUCGAGAGUGAUAUUGAGUCAUAGUACAUGAAUAACCACA